UGUACCCGGGUACAACGUUAUUUUGAGUGGUUUUUGUGUUAAAAUGGAUUUAUAUCCUCAUGUGGACCAAAGUAUUUGGUUGAGGACUUGUGAGAAGGAAAUUACAACUCCAAUCAGAGGUGUUGUAACAGGUAAAAUACCGGAAUGGGUAAAUGGUAAACUAUUUCGGAAUGGUCCUGGUGCUUCAAAAGUGGGCAAAGACUUAGAAUUUGGUCAUUUAUUUGAUAAUUUUGGUUUAAUUCAUUGCUUCACUAUAGCCAAUGCAAGUGUAACUUAUCAAUGUCGAUUUGUUAAUUCGGAUUAUUACAAACAAAUUAACAGUAAACGCAUGUUAAUCACUGAUUUUGGUACAAAAUGCACUUCGGAUCCAUGCAAUACCAUCUUUCAUCGUGUUAAAUCAAUUUUUAAUCCUUCUACCACAGAUAAUACCAUGAUAACAAUUUAUCCCUUUGCUGAUGAGAUGUAUGCCUUCGGAGAAUCGCCUGUUAUCCAUAAAAUCAACAAAGAAACACUAAAAACCGAAGGAUCUCAAAAUAUUUACAAACAUGUCGGUGUAGUUAAUCAUUCUGCACAUCCACAUAUUGAUUAUGAUGGUAGUGUUUAUAACAUAGGUGUUUCCUACACAAAAUAUGGACGGCUCGUACAAAAUAUUGUGUGUUUUCCGAAGUGUGAAAGCAACAACGCUGAUGAAAUGUUUAAAAAGGCGCAUGUUGUAGCUGCAAUACCAGCUAGGAAGUUUUUACAUCCAUCAUACAUGCAUUCAUUUGGAAUAACUGAAAAUUACUUCAUUUUGGUGCAGCAACCACUAAGUAUAUCAAUACUUUCGUUUGUUAAGAAUAAAUUAUUGAACGAACCUAUAAUAAGUGCUUUAAAAUGGGAUAAACAAAGAAAAACGAGAAUUGAUGUAAUUUGUCGUAAAACUGGCAAAUUAUUCAAAAGUUUCUACACAUCUUCACUAUUUUUCCUACAUGUUAUAAACCAAUAUGAAAAUGGCGACAAAAUAAUCAUUGAUAUCUGUUGUUAUGAAGAUCCAUCAAUGAUUGAUUGCAUGUACACAGAAGCAUUGAAAUCUAUGCAAUCAAAUCCAGACUACGCCAAAUUAUUCCGCGGUAGACCAAAACGUUUUAUUUUAGAUUUAAAACAAACCAAAGAAGUGGAAACAAAAAUUUUGUGUAAUCUAGGAUGCGAGACACCUCAGAUAAAUUACAACAAACAUCUAGGUCGUUAUUAUCGUUAUUUUUAUGCAAUAAACAGUGAUGUUGAUGCUCGGUACCCGGGGACCAUUAUCAAAGUAGAUGUUGAAAAUGGUCACACUUUGACAUGGUGCGAAGAUAACUGUUAUCCCAGCGAACCGAUAUUUGUUGCUAAUAAUACAAAAUCACCAAAUACAAAAGAAGACGAUGGAAUUCUUUUAGCUUCAAUGGUUUGGGGAAGAACUGCUACCAAUUUGAUAGGAUUGUUAGUUUUGAAUGCGCAAACAAUGAAAGAGAUCGCAAGGUGUGUUUUUGUCACGCCGUCAGUUGUACCAAAAUGUUUACAUGGCUGGUACACGCCGAACAAACGAAAGAACAAUGAAACAACAGUUAUUAAUAAGAAACAGUGUAAUCAUCAUUAGAUGUCGUCAUUAUAGGUAAAAGAAUGACGUCAUGUUCUUUAUGAUCACGUCUAGAAUGUCUGGACAUUAGUAAGAGUAUUGAUUAUGUUGAACUUGGGUCUCAGUUAUACCAAAAUUCAUGUUUAUUAUUCGAUUUAUAAAUAAAUUUGAUGUAAUCCAAGCGAUUCAAGGCAUCCAAGGAAUCCUGCGCUCAUUCGAAGGUUGCGUAGUGUUGCGUUUUGGUGGGGAAUACAACUACAAGCGGAAUUUGUCGUACAUUCAUGGUCCCACACAAAUAACGCGCAAUAACAUGUAAACGAAAAGAAAUAAAGCGACUGCGUCAUUUGCAGUUUAA